GUCGCACGGGGCGCGCGCCAGCCCCGCGCUUCGCUCCGUCACACAGGGAAAACCGGCCGUGAGUUUCCCGCUGUUAUUUAGGCUCCCUUAUGGCGUGAAGGAGUGCAUGCGCAGCGAUUAGUCUCAGCUGGAGUCCGAAAAACAGACUACCUGUGGAUUUUUUUCGUUUUCUUUUUUUGCAAAAAAAAAAAAAAAAGAAAAAUAAUAAGGUGUCUGACCAGACUCGCUGCAAGCAAGACGACGGACAGACGCUUCAGGACUUAGGAUUAUUAUGUGCAUGACGGCGUGAAUUUCCUAGUAUUAGUACUAUUACCCCAAAAAAGACUGAAUCGCAAACUUGGUUGUGUUGUCGCUCAUAUUUCAAAUCGGUCCCGAUGAUCAUGGAUCUUAAAGUGGAGUCGGAGGAAGUCGAGCUGAACCGGCCGCCUCCCAUCGAGGUGUUCGCGAACAGGUCGACGCUGCACGGCAUCUCGCACAUCUUCACCUACGAGCGGGUCUGCGUGAAGCGCUGCCUCUGGCUCCUGUUUUUCCUGGGCUCGCUCGCCUUCCUCGUGUGCGUGUGCGUGGACCGCAUACAGUUCUACCUCGAGUACCCGCACGUCACCAAGCUGGACGAGGUGACCACGCCGGUGAUGGUGUUCCCCGCAGUCACCAUCUGCAACCUGAACUCUUUCCGCUUCAGCCGCGUCACGCGCAACGACCUUUACCACGCCGGAGAGCUCCUGGAGCUCCUCAACAGCAGGUACGAGAUUCGGGACCCGCACCUUGUGGAGGACAACGUUCUGGAGACAUUGAAGGUCAAAGCUGACUUCCUCACCUUCAAACCCCGGCCCUUCAACAUGAGAGAAUUCUACGACCGUACAGGGCACGACAUCAAGGACAUGCUCAUGUCUUGCCGAUAUCGUGGAGUCGAGUGCAGUGCAGAGGACUUCAAAGUGGUGUUCACACGAUAUGGGAAGUGUUACACAUUCAACUCGGGCCAAGGACGCCCGCGGCUUCUGUCUGUGAAAGGCGGGAUUGGCAAUGGCCUGGAGGUUAUGUUGGACAUUCAGCAGGAUGAGUACCUCCCAGUUUGGGGAGAGACUGAUGAGACGUCAUUUGAGGCUGGAAUCAAGGUGCAGAUCCACAGUCAGGAUGAGCCACCUUUCAUUGACCAGCUGGGCUUCGGUGUGGCACCUGGAUUCCAGACAUUUGUAUCUUGCCAGGAGCAGCGGCUUGUGUAUCUCCCUCCUCCCUGGGGCGACUGCAGGACUACACCCAUGAAUUCAGACUUCUUUGACACUUACAGCAUCACAGCUUGCCGCAUCGACUGUGAAACACGCUACCUGGUGGAAAAUUGCAACUGUCGCAUGGUGCACAUGCCGGGAGAUGCCCCCUACUGCAGCCCGGAGCUGUACAGAGAAUGUGCUGACCCAGCACUGGACUUUCUGGUGGAGAGGGACAAUGAUUACUGUGUGUGUGAGACACCCUGUAACACAACACGCUACAGCAAAGAGCUGUCCUUUGUGAGGAUCCCCAGCAAGGCUUCUGCCAAGUAUCUUGCUAAAAAGUUCAAUAAAUCACAGCAGUACAUUUCCGAUAAUAUUCUUGUGUUGGAUAUAUUCUUCGAGGCCUUGAACUACGAGACCAUAGAGCAAAAGAAAGCCUAUGAAGUUGCUGGGCUGCUAGGUGACAUUGGUGGACAGAUGGGCCUGUUUAUAGGAGCCAGUAUUUUGACCAUCCUGGAACUCUUUGACUAUCUGUAUGAGGUGAUGAAGUACAAGCUAUGCCUCCACUCCCAGAAGAAGCAGGAGCGCAGUGACAACAAUGAAAGAGGAGCAGUGUUGAGCCUGGAAGAUGUAAAGCGUCAUAACCCCAGUGAGAAUUAUGGCCCUCCACCCACAUAUCCCACCAACAUGCUACCUCUCCACCCAGGGCAGAGCUGCUUUGAGGACUUCAGCUGCUGAGCCAGACACAAAGGACCUAAGAAACAGUACCAUGCCAUGUGCUUUCAAACUGAACAACACGAACAAGGACACCCCUCAACUCGGAUAAGACUGCUUUAGGCAUUAAAUACAAUGAAGUAUUAAAUUGAACACAAUAACAUCAAUUCUAACAAGGUAGAUUUAAAUUCUGCUGUUUUUGGGAACAUGACUCUUGAAGGUGCUGCCCCAGAAAAAGACUUUAAAACUUGAUCAUUAUGGUAAAUCUCAAAGGCUUGUCUGCCAGCUCUGGCAGCAGAGUCAUUACCA